GGGUUAAUAAUAAUAUAUACUUAUAUGUUCAAGGAGAGAGAGAAAUAUGUGCUUAAGAGUGCAUACUAAUAAUAUGUGCGCAAUAUAAAUAUAUUGCGGCCCUCUCUUCUUAAAUUCACCCACUGCAUACUUCCAUGUAAAAGAAAAAGAAGAUGGACCGUUCUCUUAACCAAACCACCACUUCUGUCACAAGAGAUGAUCAACUACUAGAAUUAGCCCAAGAUGAUGAUCGUGAUUAUUGUAAAAGUGGAGGCUGGAUUACCUUCCCCUUUAUACUUGGCAAUUUGGCGGGUCUUUCGAUCGCUGCGGGUGGUUGGGGAUCAAAUUGGAUUGUAUUUUUGAUAACAAAGUUUAAUAUUGGGAGCAUAGCCGCUACAAAGAUCAACAAUGUUGGCUUUGGCUUUGUCAAUCUUUUUCCGAUCGCCGGUGCCGUUCUCGCCGACUCCUUCGCCGGUAACUUCGCCGUCGUCAGCAUAUCAUCUUUCAUUGCUUUGUUGGGCAUGGUAAUGCUAACCCUUAUAGCCAGUGUGAACUCACUAAGGCCCCCAUCAUGUUCAACUAGUACUACUACUACGCCAUGCGAGAGCCCCACAAUUUUUCAGUAUUUCUUUCUGUACGCGGCGAUGGGGCUGACCACAGUGGGAAUAGGUGGGUCUCGCUUCACGAUCGCCACCAUGGGAGCUGACCAGUUUCAAAAAAGUGAUGACCAGGCAAGCUUCUUCAACUGGUACUUCGUUGUCUUGUUCAUCGGGAACGGAAUCAGCUUUAUCGGUCUCGUGUACCUCGAGGACAACGUCGGAUGGGGAUUAGGGUUUGGGAUUUGCCUCGUGGCCACGGUGGUUGGGUUGGCCGUGUUUUUGCUGGGAAAACGAUUCUAUCGCCAUGUCAAGCCCAAGGGAAGCCCUUUUGUGAGCAUGGCAAGAGUAUUCGUUGCAGCCAUUAAGAAGAGGAAAAUAAUAACCAAAGGAAGUUUCUCCGACGCAUCUGAUUAUUAUUAUUCUUCUGCUGAUGCGACUUCGAAGAUUUUUCAAACUAAAUCCCAGCCGAGUAAAAAAUUCAGGUUCUUGAACCGUGCAGCAUUGAAAACUCAAAACGACAAACAAGUAGAUGGCGUUUACUCAAAAUCAUGGAAGUUGUGCACUGUUGAAGAAGUCGAAGAUUUAAAAAAGGUAAUAAAAAUCAUUCCACUAUGGUCAACCGGUAUUCUCUUAAGCAUCACCAUUGCCGUAGUGAACAGCCUCUCAACUGUCCAAGCCCUAACCAUGGAUAGACACAUGGGCUCCAUCAAAAUCCCAGCUUCCACAUUCCUAGUCUCUAGCCUCAUGUCAACAGCCAUUUCAAUCUUCAUCAUUAACCGUUUCCUACUCCCUGCGUGGCAAAAACUAAGCGGCCGUCCCCUAACACAUCUCCAACGAAUAGGAGUGGGCCACGCCAUCAAUAUUUUAGCUUUGGUCGGUUCUGCCAUAAUCGAGGCGAGACGGCUCCACUUGACUCGAACACACGGGCUCGUCGUAACGCCUGACCGGUCCGGUUCGGUGGUUCCCAUGUCGGCCUUGUGGCUGGUGCUGACUCUAGCCGUUAUGGGGUUGGGCGAGGCAUUUCAGUUCCCGGGACAAGUUGCAUUGUACUACCGAGAGUUUCCGGAAUCGCUGAAAAGUACUUCAACAGCUAUGAUAUCACUUUUGAUUGGAUUAGGGUAUUACCUCAGUGCUGUAGUGACCGAUUUGAUAGGGCGGGCUACCGGUUGGCUACCUGAUAAUAUAAACGAAGGACGAGUAGAUUUAGUGUAUUGGUUGUGUGCAGCCAUUGGAGUAUUGAAUUCUGGGUACUACUUGGUUUGUGCUAGCAUGUAUAACUACCAAUAUGACCAACAAGAUAAUAUUGACCCGCAGUCAUCUUGAUUAAUUUAAUUUCCAGCAUCAAAUUUAUAAAUAAAUAAAUGUAUGCAGCUGAGUGUCUUUUGUUAAAAAAAAUUCAGCAUUAGUUUACUCUGUACUUCUAAACAAUUUUAAAUUAAUUAAUGAACACUGCUAUUGCAAAUUGGUACU